UAUGGGAGAAUCACAAACACCUGUCCCAAAUCACAGGAAGACAUUAGAAUCGGAAAAUCCAACGCUAAGCAAUCAAUGGGUAACGCUCACUCUCCUCCCACUGAUCCUCAAUACGUUUCAGCAUCCAGAGCUUUUACUCAAAAGGGACUUGAAGACCUAAAAUCACUCUUCAAUUCUUUAGCAUCUCAAUCACAGAGCAAUGGUGAAUACAUUUCUCCUUCAAUUUUUCAGUCAUAUUUCAAACUCCAUGGCCCUAUUGGAGAAAGGAUGUUUGAUUUAGUUACUCAGGAGCGGAAGGAUCAAAAGUUAACUUUUGAAGACCUUGUAAUUACUAAAGCUACUUAUGAGAAAGGAACAAAAGAUGAAAUUGAAGAAUUUAUAUUUCGGUUUUUAGAUGUAUCUGGGGAUAAUUUUGUAGGAAGGUCUGAUUUGGAAUCAGUUAUGAAUGCUAUCUUUACCGAUAUAUUAUGCAUAGAAGGUUCUGAAGUUGGAUCAAGUUCGCAUCAAGAUAUUGUCAACAUAUUUCUGAGUGCUGCCAAUUUCUCCAUACAUGAUGAAAAGUGCUCUGAGAAGGCUAUGUCUUUUGAAGAUUUCAGAAGUUGGAGUUCUCAUCUGCCAACUGUGAGGAAGCUUCUUGGAAGCUUGCUUUUGCCUCCUGAUUCAGGACGACCAGGUACUCAAAUUCCUAAUCUACUGACCCCGAAGGAUAUUGAUUCUAACACUGUACUUUUGAGAAAGGAGUAUGCUUGGCAUAUAGGAGGAGCACUUUCUCAGCACGAGCUGGAAGAUUGGAAGCUUUUGUAUCACAGUUCUGUUAAUGGUCUUAGUUUCAAUACAUUCUUGGGAAACAUUUCAAACCACAAAGGCCCAACUGUGCUAAUUAUUAAGGAUAAAGAUGGUUAUAUAUAUGGAGGAUAUGCUUCUCAACAAUGGGAGCGGCAUGCUGAAUUUUAUGGAGACAUGAAAUGUUACCUUUUUCAACUAAAUCCAAAGGCAUCUAUAUUUAGGCCGACUGGAGCAAACACUAAUCUACAAUGGUGUGCUGUCAACUUCAGUUCAGAGGACAUUCCAAAUGGCAUUGGUUUUGGAGGAAAAGUAAAUCACUUAGGGUUAUUUAUCUCAGCAAACUUUGAUCAAGGACAUACAUUUUCAUCUUCAACAUUUGGUAACCCUAGCCUCUCCAAAACUAACCGAAUAAUACCUGAAACAAUAGAAUGCUGGGGAGUGACUCAAGGUGUACAAAACAAGACUGAUGGUGCUAAGGGAAGUGUACUUGAGAGGUUUAAGGAAGAUCGGCAUAUGCUCAAUAUGGUAGGGCUAGCGAAUUCGAGCGAGUAAAUUACCGCCCCGCCUUUGUAAAUAUUCUUGGAAGUCCUUGUGUUGCAAGUCAUCCACAAUUUGUAAUCUCAUAAAAAUGGUUAUCUUGAGAUAUUGUACUCAAUUUAACAUUGGAGAUUACUUACAAUUUUUCUAUUACCAUUUUAUCCAUUUCCAUCUUGAACCCAACAAUUCUGAAUUGGUUAUGUAACUGGAUACGUUUGUAUACAUAGUUUGUAUUUUUAAAUUUUAAUUUAUAUUACGGACUUAACCUCAA